AUGUCGCACGAAGAGGAGCUCGAGAAGGAUCUCUCGCACAUCCACUGGUCGUGGCCCGAGGCCAUUGCUGCCAACCCGGCUCGGUCACUCGCAAACUCGGACCUGGCGAUGGACUAUUUCGCAUUCUCGCCAUUCUGGGACUCGAAGAGUAACAACAAUGUCCUGCGGACCCAGCGUCGCGUCGAGAACCCAGGCUACGGCCAUGCCGAGGAGAAGGUCGAGCUCACCGCCUUCCGCACGGGGUUUGAAUACAUUGUCGCACACGCACGCGCGCCCGACGUGUUUGUGAUCCACCAGCGUCCCGUGGUCCGCGACGGCUCGCGGGGGCCCGUGUCCCACGCCUACUUUAUUAUCCAGGACAAGAUCUACAUGGCGCCCAACCUGCACGACGUGGCUGCUAUGCGGCUGCGGAACGCGCUGCACCUCGUCGAGCGGACGUUUGACGCGCUCGAACGCGCGCGCCCGUCGGCCAACCCCCGUGCCGGGGCUGCGUGGCGCGCGAUACCCAAGACGGAGAAGGAGAAGAACAAGGACAAGAAGGACGGGGAGGGCGACGAGGGAGCAGGGGGAAAGGACGGGGACGGGGACGCAACGAUGGACGAGGCGACCGGCACGCCAGCUGCCAAGGGCAAGGAUGUGUCGAGCAACGACAAGGAGGCCGACGACAUCGCUAGCGUCGGUUCUGGGUCCGGGUCCGCGUCUGCGUCCAAGCAGGCCGGACCUGACUGGCACCUCUUCCACGCCCUCGCGUCGACGCGCGCGGCCCUCGGCGACUUGGACGCUCUUGCCGCCGCCCCCGCGCCACUGUACGACACCUUUGCGGAGGCGCGGGCACUCGAGGCUGCUGCGUUGGCGUCGUUGGGCCGUGUCCCGCAACAACCGCAACAGCUGCAACAGCAACAGCAACCCCAGCAGCAGCAGUUGGCUGGGCCGGGCGGCGGGCUCGGGCUGACUCCUGCUGGCACGGCGGCGCCGACGCCGCUGGGUCGGAGGAUGAGUACCCUCGCUCCCAGCCUGGCUGGCGAGUCGCCCGUGGCCUAG